AAGGAGCACCACAUCACACUCGACACACCUGCCUCCCCUGAGGAGAUCAAGCACAAGCUCACAUCUGAAGAACAAGGCCUUCUGAUAUCUCUCCUUCUACACAUUUCUGGUGGUAACUUGGAAGAUUCCAGCCUCUGGGACAUGGUCCGCUCUCAUGCUCUUCUCAUGCACAGCUCGGACAACUUUACCGACGUGUGGCUCCGAUAUAAGCUGCGAGAUGGCCAAACCGAACUGGCAAAACGCAUGUUCCAGGAAGCCAAGAACGACGGAUUAAAUUUUGCCUUUUCUACGCCCGUCGCUUCCAUUAACCAGAGCGCGUCCGGGGACGGCCCAGUCGUUAUACGUACGGAUAAUAAUCAGACAUUCCAGGGUCGAAAGGUCAUCAGCACCAUCCCUCUCAACGUCCUAAAAAAGGUUCAAUUUUCACCGCCCCUUUCUCAGCGGCGCCAGGAAGCCAUCAAUAUUGGCCAUAUCAAUCACAUGACCAAGGUCCAUGCAGAUGUCAGCAACAAGGAACUAGAAAGAUGGAAUGGGAUGCGUUUCCCCGGCCAUCUCAUGUAUGGGUACGCGGACGGUGUCCUACCAAAUGGAGAUGUUCACAUCGUGGCGUUUGGCAAAGAUGAUCGCGAGACCUUCAUUCCCGAAAAUGAUGCAAACAAAACGAUCGACGCACUUAAUGACCUUCAUCCAAUGCAUGUGAAACGUCUUUUAUUGCACAACUGGAGUACAGACCCCUACUCACAAGGUGGUCCGGCGUGGUGGCGACCUGGUUAUAUGUCGAAGUACCAAGACGAAUUGCAGAGCCGCCAUGGAAACAUUCUUUUCGCCUCUGCAGACUGGGCUCAUGGAUGGAGGGCUGCAAUUGAUGGAGCCCUGGAGCAGGGCACUCUGAACGCAAGAACCGCGUUCCAAGAGAAUAAUAAUGUUCGGCCAAGCAGGCUAGACACAUUACGCUUAGUGCCGCACACGAUGCCCAGUACCGGCGACCACACGUCGAAGCCCGCCGGCGGGAUCAAGAUAAUCAAUGCUUCUCUGUUCCGCAUGGGCACCAAAUCCAUGGCCGAAGCGUCCACAAUCCUCGGAUAUCGCACCCACCACGCCAUCGACGACCCCUCCACCGUGCCGUGGCACCUCAUCGAGGAAGCAGCCGAGGGCAAAUGGCCAGACGUCCCCGGGGCCCGACCCAGAAGACCCUACACAAGACCCGACUGGGAUGUCAUAUGGGGAUCCUACGACGUUGUCACCGACGUCGCCUCGCCCUUCACGAUGGAUCUAGCGCACGCUUACCUGGAUGCCAUCUUCGUCGUCGUCCAGAGGGAUUUCGACUCGUGGUGGUCCAGCUUCGAAUCAGAGGUGCUUGGGUGGUGUUUCUUCCGGGGAGCCCAAGCUCUGGUGACCAUUUUCUCCAUCUUCGGGUUACGCUCCGGCAAUGCCCUGAGGAAAUGUUUCCUAGGUUUCUUUCACGCAAAGUCUAUUGAGGAGAUCAAGUCGAAUGCUCGAGGGGCCUACGAUCGGUACUAUGAUGAUGUUCGGCGGCUCAUUCCGGAGGAGAGGAGGCUGGAACACAAGCUUGAGGCGGGAUGGGCACCUCUAUGUGCGUUUCUUGGGAAGGAAAUUCCAGAUGUGCCGUUUCCGAGAUUGAAUGACCGGGCGGCGCAUACCGCACACUCACGCGCCAACUUCAGGAAUAGUCUUUCUCUCGUUGUGCGUAAUGUUUUGUACUGGGUGGUGGGUGUAGUCUUUGUCGGGUAUCUGGCUUGGUACCUGCAAGGUCAUCUCUUUUCGCGAGAUUAG